CCCUGAAUUUGUGAAGCAACAUGAUGUCGGAUGCGGGAUCCUCGAGUGAUCAUGAACUCCAGCCACUCAUCAAAGGAUCCUCAGCGAGGAACGGAUCCGCUCAAACCAUCAACAACCGUUCUUACUCGUCCUCAGGCCAAAGCUGUUUUUCCAACAUGUGCUCCUUCGGUGGAAAUGCGGUGUUAUUCCGCUCCGAACCCAUGUCCCGAUGUCAGUUGAUCCUCCAAAGCGAAGCCGCCUACAAUUGCAUCGCUGAAUUGGGCGAGUUGGGACUCGUUCAAUUCGUGGAUCUCAACCCGGAGGUAUCCUCCUUUCAACGGAAGUUUGUGAGCGAGGUCAAGCGAUGCGAGGAGAUGGAGCGGAAAAUGAGGUACAUCCAGAAAGAGGCCAUGAGGGAUGAGCUGCCCAUCCACGAACCAGAUGAGAAUCCGCCAGCCCCGGCUCCCAGAGAAAUGACCGAGCUGGAGACCUCAUUGUCGCAUUUGGAAAAGGAUUUGUCGGACGUGACCACGAAUUAUGUGGCGCUGAAGAAGAACCAACAGGAUCUCCUGGAGAUGAAGAACCUUUUGAGCAAGGCUGAUGCGUUUCUAUCAGAGAGCUCGUUGCAGAUUGCAGAUUCAGCGGGCGAUGAAGAGACCCGAAAUACUGACGACGCUCAGUUGAUUGAUGUCCGCACUGACGAAGGUUUCAGCAGCAUGAAGUUUAAUAUCACGGCUGGCGUGAUCGAGCGAUCGAAAAUGAACUCCUUUGAACGGAUCUUGUGGAGGGUGUCAAAAGGUAACGUUUUCGUUCGGUUCUCCGAUAUCGAGGAUGAGAGUGCUCAUGGGGCGCUUCUGGACAAAUCCGUGUUCAUGAUCUUCUAUCAGGGCGAGGCCCUGAAGGCUCGUGUCAAAAAGAUCUGCGAAGGAUACCACGCCGUGGUUUAUCCCUGCCCGGAGAAGGCCUCUGAACGCCGGGAAAUGAAGUACGGCGUGAACACUCGUCUGGAGGAUAUGAAGACCGUCUUGAACGAGACCGAGAUUCAUCGACGACGUCUCUUGGAAACGGGUGCUCGCAAUCUGCGACUCUGGUUCACCAAAAUUCGGAAGAUCAAGGCCAUUUAUCACUGCUUGAACUUGUUCAGCUUCGACGUGACUCAAAAGGCCUUGGUGGCCGAGUGUUGGAUGCCAGAGCAUGAUAUCCAAGUCAUUCAAGAGGCUCUUCAACGAGGAGCCGAUGCGAGCGGCUCGACCAUUCCACCCAUUCUGAACUCGGUGGCCUAUGUGGACGAGAUGCCUCCCACGUUCAACCGAUUGAACAAGUACACCAGCGGCUUCCAGAGUCUGGUGGACGCUUACGGGGUGAACUCCUACCGGGAGGUGAACCCAGCCGUCUACACGAUCGCCACCUUUCCCUUCCUGUUCGCGGUCAUGUUCGGCGAUGUUGGACACGGAUUGAUCGUUUUACUGGCCGGGAUUUGGAUGGUGAUGCAGGAAAACAAGUUGGAGAAAACAGCUGAAAAGUCCGAGAUCUUUGGGAUCUUCUUCGGCGGUCGGUAUAUUAUCCUCCUGAUGGGCCUCUUCUCGAUCUACACGGGCUUCAUCUACAAUGAUAUCUUCUCCAAGUCCAUGAAUAUCUUUGGUAGUCACUGGAACUACAAUGAGACGUUCCAGUUCCCACUGAAGAUGGAGGACUCGCUCAUGUUGGAUCCGGGUAAUCGGGGUCAAUACCAGUUCACACCCUACGUGUUUGGUGUCGAUCCGGCCUGGCAAUCAGCCACCAACAAGAUCACCUUCUUGAAUGGAUACAAGAUGAAAAUUUCCCUCAUCUUCGGGCUCAUUCACAUGGUCUUUGGCAUCACUUUGAGCUUGUGGAACAAAGUGAUCAAGCGAUCCUACGCCGACAUCUUCUUGGAAUUCAUCCCACAACUGUACUUCAUCGUGGCCAUCUUUUGCUAUCUGAUCUUCAUGAUCAUGUUCAAAUGGGUUUCAUACUACGCGGACAACGCGACCCAAGACACGAAUGUCUGGUCUGAGCAUUGUGCCCCUAAUCUCCUGAUCACCUUCAUCAACAUGAUGCUCUUCAAGGCCGCUGAUCCCGAUCCCAAAUUGGUGGCCAUUUGUCAAGGCAAAGAAACCUACAUGUACGGGGGUCAGUACUACAUCCAGGUCUUUCUGGUUAUCUCCGGAGUGUUAAUGGUACCCAUCAUGCUCUUUGGCAAACCCAUUCACACCAUCAUGGGUCGAAGAGCGAGGCGUCGUAAUUAUGAGCCAAUGGCCGACAAUCUUUUGGAUGCGGAAGAGGGCCCUGCCCGUGAUGGCGACACGGAUGCCUCUGUGGAGAUCCGAAAUGGUCAACCCGGUGGCAGAAGUGCUCCGGUCAGCAGCGGUCAUGGUGGAGGCGAGGACAGUUUCAGUGAAAUCAUGAUUUACCAAGGCAUUCACACCAUCGAGUACGUUCUGGGCAGUGUUUCCCACACGGCUUCCUAUCUCCGACUGUGGGCCUUGUCCCUGGCUCAUUCCCAAUUAUCCGAGGUUCUUUGGAGCAUGGUCAUGAACAUUCCUUUAAGUACUAGUAAUCCGUUUGUGGCCGUGCCCAUGCUUUACGUGAUCUUCUCAUUCUGGGCCGUUUGCUCCGUUGGAAUCUUGGUGGUAAUGGAGGGUCUGUCGGCCUUCCUGCACACCCUUCGUCUGCAUUGGGUGGAGUUCCAAUCCAAGUUUUACAAGGGCGAGGGUGUGCUUUUCGUACCGUUCCACUUUACCGGAUACUUAAAGGAGGCUGAAGCCGCUGAUCUGGAAGUCAUCAAAGGCACCCCGUAGAUGCACCGUGG